CCUAUUCGAUGCACAUGAGGGAAAAUAAUCUGAUACCAAAUUUCAGACUUAGAAAAUAUUUCCCCGAGAAAACCUUUUUCACUCUCUUCAUCGAACAUCUCCACCGGAAUCGUUCACCGUUAAUCGGAGACGAUCUCCACGUCGGCUGGAGUUCUGUCUUCUAAUCGUCUCAGAGGUUCCCAAUCCUCAAGCUAAUCCGUUUCAUCUCCUCGUCUCCUCAUCUCCUCAUAUUUUGAUCGAGGAUCGUUGGCUUUCUAAUCGUAUCGGAGGGUCGUUUGCGAAGAGAAGGUCAUAUGGAGAAUAAAUGCACUACAUGGAUCAUGGAGUGAAGGACCGAGAGCAACAACAAUAGUUUCAGCCUUUGAACAAGGGAAAGGAGAGAAGAAGAAGAAGAAGACGACGAGAAUGGCGAAUUUGAUGAUGAGAUUACCGAGCAGCUUGAGGAGCUUAUCCGUUUCAGCUUCUUCGUCGAACGGUUCGCCGCCGGUGAUCGGAGGAUCUAGCGGCGGUGUAGGGCCGAUGAUCGUGGAAUUGCCGUUGGAGAAGAUACGGAGACCGUUGAUGCGAACAAGAUCCAACGAUCAGAACAAAGUGAAGGAGCUCAUGGAUAGCAUACGUGAAAUCGGUCUUCAAGUUCCGAUUGAUGUGAUUGAAGUUGAUGGAGCUUACUAUGGUGCUUUUCAAAAUUCAGUUUUUUUUAUUAUUCUUCUUCUUCUUAGUGAAAAGCUUAGAGAUGAUGAAUCUUCUAUUGUUGCAGGCUUCUCAGGUUGUCACAGGUACGAGGCGCAUCAGAAGUUAGGCCUCCCAACUAUACGCUGCAAAAUCCGCAAAGGAACAAAAGAAACACUAAGGCAUCAUCUUCGAUGAAAGUGUUCACUUUUCUUCUAUUAAAUUUGUAUCUGUUGGAAUAAUCUGUCUCUUUGUCUGUAAUCCAGUGUUAAUAAGAACUUUGUAUCUCUGAGAUAAAUUUGCUGAAGAGUAAUCAGCUUAACUAUAUUAGUUGGUAUCACACUCGAGGAGUUUUUUGCUACUUUGAUGAUUUACAACUACCAAACAAUUGUCAGAAGCUCACAAGUUAUAAAAGAUUUUGU